AAUUGUUUCUACUUUUAAUACAAAAAAUGAAGAGUGCAUGUAGACAUGCAAACGAAGCGGUGCAUUUGUUUGUUAUCUGUUAACUGGGUUUUACGAUGAGGGAAAAUCCCUCCAUGAAUUUCUUUGGGAGAAUUCCAAACGUUGGAGCAUCCAACACCCUAAUUUUAAAGCAAUCUGCCGGUACAUUAAUUGAUAAAUCUAUUCGUUAAAUCAAUUCAACGGAUGUCAGGCUUAGCCUUGGACAGACUGCUUGGGUGGGAAAUUCCUCCCAAAUCAAUUUGCUAUUAUAUUAUAGUAGAUUGUUUUGACGUUUGCUUCCUUUUUACCUGCAGACGUUCUUCUGUCUUACCUGUAGCGGAUAUAGAUUUAAUUACGGGUUUUUUAUUUAUCCUCACAAAUUAAAAGAACGAAAUUGGAUCAUGUCAACGAGUUAUGAUGAUAAGCUUGGAAUAUGGUUGCCGCAGCUUCGGUUGGUUUUUCCCUUAAUGGUCCUCACAGGAUUGGGACUUCGAAUUGGAACUGUUGUUUCUUCAUAUCUACGCCUGCAUAAGAAGGAGGUGGAGGACCGAAUAAGUGCAAUGCCAAAUGAUAUUCUGUGCUCCAUCCUCUCACGACUGGAUACAAAAGAUGCAGUUAGGACAAGCAUAUUGUGUAGUCGGUGGAGUAACCUCUAUCAUUUUCUGCCUAAUUAUUCUUUUAGCUGCCCAUGUUCGAUGGAGUCUGCUAAUUCUGCUUUUGUCCAGUGUAGUUGUACUGCUGAGUACAAGAAUGAAUAUCUGAGUGCCAUUGAUAGGUUUUUUCAAAUCCAUAGAAGAGCUGGCUCUGAAAAGAUCAAAUCUUUCAGACUAUCAUUUUGUGUUAAGAGAGAUUUCACAUGCCACAUUGAGCGCUGGGUGCAUCACCUUGUUGGAUUGGGUGUGGAAGAGCUUACGCUGAAGUUGUGUUAUCAAUCCGAACCGAUCAAUAUCUCGCUUCAGAAGCUUGUAUGCGAAGCAGCAGCACCUGGGCUCACAUUUCUGCAUCUGGCUUCAAGCAAUCUGGAACCCCUCAAUCCCCAACAACCUUUAAAAUAUCUAAAAUCCAUAAAGUUGGAUUUUAUUGAUUCAGUAGACGUGGAGAGCAUAUUGUCAUCAUGCCCGAAACUCGAGUCUCUAUGGUUGGAGUAUUGCUUUCUUCCUUCUAAGGUGUUCGUUGGCGGAGGAAAACAUUUGGAGUUGAAGUCAUUAACCAUUAUCAACUGUUAUGGGAAGGAGUUGGAGGAGAUAUAUUUGUGUGCUGAAAACCUUCGAACCUUGAAACUUGGUUUAGAGAGUGACCUAGCAUUGAAGUUUUCUCACCCUUCCCAUGUCCCCAAGCUCCAGCAUGUCAGCUUGAACGUAGCAUACAGUGGUGAUUUGCUUCACAUCAUUAGCUGGGUAGCAAAGGAUUGUUCUCAAGUUGAAUCUUUUUGUCUUGAUUUGUGGUUGGGCACAAGCCAUGUGGCAUAUGGUUUGCCGCGUAAGGUGCCCACAUUUAGCCGUUUGAGGCAGCUUGACAUACUAUUGGAGUUCAAUGACUUGUUUUAUGUGACCCAGAUUGCUGAUUUAAUCAUUCACUGUCCACUGCUUCAGAUAUUGCAUUUGGUGCGAAGGGAGAUAACACCACACAGACCACAUGGUGCAAGGAGUCUAUCUCCCAGAAGUCAUCCUCAUCUUCAUCUAAAAGAAGUAGAACUUGGUGGGUUCUAUGGUUUUGAGGAUGAGAUUUCUUUGGUAUUGUAUAUCCUGAAAAGUGCUUUGGCUCUCGAGAGGAUGGUUUUAAGAAGGAAUUCUAGCUGUACUACAAAAUUUAAUAAGAACAAAGGUUAUACGGAGAUUAGUUGGUUGCGAGAAUCGAGGCUUUCAAAGUUUGAUAAGAGCAAAUCACAAGUUUUACAUCAACAAUUGCGAGGGCAUGCCACUUCUCCAACAGUGCAAUUAGUCAUCAUUUAAAGGGAUGUUUGGAUCCGAUUCCUGAAACUGCUUAUGCUCCUUCAGGGAGCAAAAGCAUAAGUUGAAAUGUUUGGAUGAAAGUGUAGAAGUACCUCUGGUGAUCUAAUUUACUCCUAGAAUCAGUUUUUUAGAAUCUGGGGAAAGAGACCAGCUUCUGAAAACUGAUUCUGAUUCUGCUAUUACUUUAAAAAAGAAGCAGAAGCAUAAUCGGUUGCAAACACACCCAAGUUGUCCUCUUUUGUGUUUGAUUUUUCUGUUUUUACUUGUUUAGUUUAACUGGUAUGGUUUAGUAUGAGUUAUUAUGAGCUUCUUUUUUAAUAAUAUGGUUUAAUACAUUAUUCUAAUUGUAGAACUAGUACAUUAUUUAUAUUGUAGAAUUUGUACAUUAUUUAUGCAUG